AUGACACAAGACAUUGUUUCAUGUCCUUCAAAUGUCCACCUUAUUGGAUGUAAAUGGGUUUAUUCAAUCAAACUUCAUUCUGAUGGAACUGUUGAUCGGUACAAAGUUCGAUUGGUUGUUCUUGGUAAUAGACAAGAGUAUGGGCUGGACUAUGAGGAGGCUUUUACACCCAGAAAAUAUGUCUCAUCUUUAUUUAUUCGGAAAACAUCUACUGGUUCUAUUCUUCUUUUGGUGUAUGUAGAUGAUAUUUUUAUCACAGGAACCGAUUCUUCACUAAUCACUAGCCUCCAACAGCAACUUAAAGAUUCUUUUCAUAUGAAAUAUCUUGAUUCCUCCUCCGUAGAUACUCCAUUGGAAUUGAAUGUGAAGUAUCGUCUUGAGGAAUGUGAUCUUCUUCCUGAUCCAACUUUAUUUCGACAAUUAGUUGGGAGUCUAAAUUACCUUACUAUUACUCAACCUGGUAUUUAUUUUGCAGUUCAAUACGUUAGUCAAUUUAUGCAAGCUCCCUGUUAUCUCCACUUGGUGGCUGUUCAUCACAUCAUUCGGUAUCUUCUAGGAACCUCUACUCGUGGAUUGUUCUUUCGAAGUGAUUCUCCUAUUCAUCUUAAAGUUUUUAGUGAUUCUGAUUGGGCGGGAUGUCCUGUUACUCGUUGUUCAGUCACUGGUUGGUGCAUAUUUCUUGGAGAGUCAUUGAUAGCUUGA